AUGACGGAAUCGAUUACAAAACGUAUGAGAGAUCAUACAAGAGCUAUUCAUAAAGUAAGCGAUGAUUUAGUUAAUGCGAAAUUGGCUUUUGCACUAAAUAACAACUAUGUUUGGGCCGAUGGAUUACUUGUCUUUUACGAAGUAUUCAAGUUUUUGGAAGAGAAUGUGCCAGCAUCAGUUUUAACAUUACAAUAUCAUCGUACACAGCAGUUUGAGGAAGACUUAAAAUUUUAUAAAGGAUGUGAUUGGGAAAAGACGUAUAAGCCUCGAGAAAGUGUGAUUAAAUAUCUUAAGCAUUUGAAUCAAGUCAAGGAAACAAAUGCAUUGCUAUUAAUUGCUUAUGUCUAUCAUCUCUAUAUGGGAUUGCUUUCUGGUGGUCAAAUAUUAGCAAAGAAGAGGCAAAUUACAAGCAAGUUCAGUUGGAAUAAAGAACAAAGAGAUGAGACUGAGGAAUACAUUGAACCUGGAACUGCUUUAACUUCAUAUCCUAAUCAGUCAAUUGUCCAGUUGAAAAACAAUAUGCGAUCAAUUAUUGACAAUUAUGUAAAGGAUUUUAAUGAGGAAAUUAAGCAGCAGCUUGUCGUUGAAAGUCAAAAAGUCUUUGAACUGAAUAAUGAACUAAUUCGAAGUGUCGAAGGCGUCACAAAGCAAAAUUUGAAAUUACUUGGAUAUAUUCUGUUAAUUAUUUUAACUUUUUAUAUGUUCAUGAAAAUGUGGAGUAUGUAG